AUGCAAUAUGCUAAAGAGAAAUAUUUUGUUUCCCUUUCUUCAACACAGUGCCAACAGUUUGGUACACAGAGCCUCAUUGUCGAAGCAGUAAUAGUAGUUAUAGUGUCAGUUGUAGUGUUAGUUAUAGUGUUAGUUGUAGUGUUAGUUGUAGUGUUAGUUGUAGUGUUUGUUAUUGUUAGUUAUAGUGUUAGUUAUAGUGUUAGUUGUAGUGUUAGUUGUAGUGUUAGUUGUAGUGUUAGUUAUGGAAUUAAAAGAUUGAUAGUUCAUGAGCUGGAUUAUAAUCACUUUGGUCAUCACCUACAGGUUCAAGGAGAAUACAAGCAUGAACCAAUAGUUGGUGACAAGAGAUGA